GAACUUAUGACCCUGAUCUUUAUGCGUUGAAAAGUAAAUUGCCCGCCCCAUUCUCAAGUCUUCCUUUACUUUGAAGGUGUGUUGACUCAAAUCUUGUCGUCCGAUACACAAUAUACCUACCCUGUAGCUAGGCGCCACGAUACCAUGGCAACACAACCUACCGCCUCGUCCGUUCUUGUUCGCCAAGCCUCUUCUUCAUCAGAUCUCGCAGCAGUAGUCGAAUGCUUCAGAGAGUACACUACAUGGCUAGACGAAGAUUUGACUCACCAAAAUUACACCGCCGAGCUAAACGGGUUGCCCGGGAAAUAUGCAGCGCCCACUGGGGCACUUCUCCUCGCUGUGGAUGCAACAACAGACACGGUCCUUGGCUGCAUUGCUCUGCGGCCUCUAAACCUUGAGUCUGUAUAUCUGGAAUCGCAACCUGCAGGGCUACGCUACUGCGAACUCAAACGACUGUUUGUAUAUCCAGAAGCCCGUGGGAGACAGGUAGCCAGGACUCUGCUCGUAGAGGCAGUGAGAUGUGCCCAGGCCGCGGGCUAUGACGAGAUGCUACUCGACACACUGUCAAAGAUGACUGCCGCCAUUAGCUUGUACAAGUCUGAAGGAUUUGUGGAAACAGAGCCGUAUAAUUCGAGUCCGUUGAACGGCACUCUGUAUUUCUCAAAGCCGUUGUCAAGGGUAGAGAUAGAUUCUUAGUACCUGUAUUAUAUGCCACAUACCUAGACCUACCUUAGAAGUUACUCAGUCUUAAUCACUCUGUCCGC